AUGUCUUUGUCGCGCAGUCCGUCCCCAAAGCCUGGGGGCGGAUGGGCAAGUCCUGGCCUCAAUACCCCGUAUGUGGAUGUUAGUGGGCGCUCAAGCCCCGGGAAAGCCUACAGAACGAAUGGAGCAGGUGCGAACACGGUGACUUGGGAAUCAGCCAAAGCCAAGAGUGAAGGUGUCAAUAGUUACCCGUCCUUCUCUACACAGAACAAUGGUUUCUUUACCAGGCAUUAUCGCACGAUAUCAAAUAGUCUACCGCGGUUCAACAUGGGAAGGGGCCCCGAGAAGAGCUACGCGGAGAAGGAAAAGCUUGGUCGUGGACGGUGGUCAUCAAGAGAUGGAAGCAAAAUAGCGAAAUUAGGGAACUUCUUGGGACGCAUUAGCUACAAGAUGCGGUUGCGACUACUUGCUAUACUGGCAGUCAUUGUCUUGAUAAUAAUAUUCUACACGACGCCAUUGCAUUACUACUGGCGCAGGGCGAAACAUCUUGGAGGUGGCAAGAAGCAUGUGAUCAUUCUGGCGGCAAACCAGGGCGGCGGUGUAAUGGAGUGGAAAGGCCCCAGAGAAUGGGCGAUCGAGCGCGACAGUGUACGAAACAAACGGAAGUACGCGAAAAGAUGGGGUUACGAGCUAGAGAUUGUGGACAUGAGCACCAAGAAACGAUAUGCACAUGAAUGGAGGGAGAGCUGGGAGAAGGUCGAUACAAUUCGAAACUGCUUGCGGAAGUACCCAGAUGCUGAAUGGUUCUGGUGGAUGGAUCUCAAUACGUUCGUGAUGGAGCCUUCCUAUUCUCUACAAUCGCACAUCUUCAACAAUCUUGCGGCCAACACUUACCGCGACAUCAACCAAUACAACCCUUUAAACAUCACGCACCCAUUUGACUCGCCCUAUUUAGACGAAGAGGCGCUUAGCGUUAAUGGGGAUGGAAAAGACUCCUCUAUUAAUCUGAUAGUCCCCCAGGAUUGCAGUGGAUUCAACCUCGGAUCCUUCUUCAUCAAGCGGAGUGCAUGGACCGACCGACUCCUGGACGUGUGGUGGGACCCCGUUGGUUAUGAACAAAAGCACAUGGAAUGGGAGCACAAGGAACAAGAUGCACUGGAAUUCCUGUACAUCAACCAGCCAUGGAUUCGACCCCACACGGCGUUCAUCGAACAACGAAAGAUCAACAGCUUUCCACCAGGAGCGUGCUCAGAGAACGGCAACGAUGAUCGAAUCCACUACAAUGAGAAAGACCGAGAUUUUGUAGUAAAUAUGGCCGGUUGCGAAUGGGGACGUGAUUGCUGGGGAGAAAUGUACAACUACCGAGAGUUGAGCAACUACUUGAACCGAAAUUGGUGGGAGCUAUUCAAGGAGGAAAUAGUAGCGGUAAUCUGGUUCAAGAUCACGGGACAUAAGGUCAAGCUAUAA